AUGUGGAAUUAUCGAAUAUUCUCUUUACUUUUUCUUUUUCUUCUUCUUGCUCUUUAUUUAUUUGUUGUUGUUUUUCUUUAUUAUUAUUAUUUUGUUUUUAGCUAUCGAAAAAAUACUGAUAAAGAAAAUCGAGCGAAUUCACUCGUUGGAAUUAAAUCAGGUCGACUUUCAAUUGUUAUACGAAAUCCAGUGGAAAACUUAUCAAUUAGUGGCAGUGCUCUUACCGGUGGAAUUAGCGAAAAAUAUUUAUUAGGAACUAGUCUUCGUUAA